AUGUCUAAGCAAGACUCCUUCGAUGACGGGGAUCUUCCUCCCCCAUACACUGAAUCCGGCCCUUCAGCAUCACUACCUUCGUCAGAACCACGACAGUCAGUCACGACUAUCUUCUCCUCACAUUUGAACAGCCUUCCACUACGCAUUCAAUCCGUUCAGGCAGUCCGCAAUUCAGCGCGCGAUGAACGGGAUAGUGAAAUACUCACCCUGCUGGUGCCUCACAUUGAGGAUAUGCUCUCGUCAAUAGCAGCCAUGGACCCGCCACCACGGGUCGUCGAAAUGACCAUGGUGCCAGAAGAAGCAGUUGGCGAAGGAUGGUUCUUUAGCGAUGAAGAUCAAUCCCGAACAGUUGUGCGCGUUAGAGAAGAUCGCAAGCUAGUAGCCGACCAAAAGAAGCCUGUUAAGCAAAGUGAACCUCCUAAAAACAGAGCCUUCGACGAGUGGGGUCGAUGGGAAGACGAUACCCAACAAUCCACUUUAGACGACGUCCUCUGGUGGUCAGACCACGACAUGGCAGUCCGUCUAGCAAAGUACAUAUCCCCAGAACGAGUAGACCGUCAGGUUGUCAAAGCACACGUUGAACAAGCAAAGAAAGCAUCAAGAUGGGGCUUGUUCAAGAAAUCCGAACCAUCGACUCCACCGGCGCCAGUAGUAAAGGCACAGGAGGAAGAACCGGUUACUAUGACGGUCAAGGCUGAGGAAGUUACGUUUCGGAGGGAGAAUGAGAUGGGCAUUUGGGAAGGCAAGACAGGAUGGGGCUUGGUGGUCAAGCUUCUAAAUCUCCCCUUCAUCCUUCAAUACCACUCUAACGUCAAACCAAACACCAUGGCUUAUAACGUCCUCGUAACAGGCUCAUCCGGCCAUCUCGGCACAGCUCUUAUGCUUUCCCUCCCGACGUUCGGCUUCACACCUCUUGGGAUCGACAUCUUACCUUCUGAGAACACAACGCAUGUUGGAUCAAUCUCUGACCGCGCCUUUGUGACAUCUCUUCUUCAGAAACACCCCAUCCAGCAUGUCCUUCAUGCUGCGACGUUGCAUAAGCCCCAUGUCGAAAGCCACUCCAGGCAAGACUUCAUCGACACAAACAUCACCGGCACCCUCAUUCUUCUCGAAGAAGCCUCCAAACUCGGCGCCCAGAUCGAAAGCUUCAUCUUCUUCAGCACAACAAGCACAUUCGGCGCAGCCCUAAGUCCCAAGCCCGGUCAACCCGCUGCGUGGAUCGACGAAACCGUCGUCCCCAUCCCCAAAAACAUCUACGGCGCUACAAAAGUCGCAGCGGAGGAUCUAUGCUUCCUCAUCCAGAAACAAACAGGCAUGCCCGUCUUAAUCCUCCGCACGAGCCGUUUUUUCCCAGAGCAGGAUGACGAUGAAGAUCGCAGAGCAGCUUUAUCAGACGACAACCUCAAAGUGCUUGAACUAGCGUACCGACGCUGCGACAUUGAAGACAUAGUUCGCGCGGCAGUCUGCGCGAUGAAGAAGGGGCGAGAGAUACAGUUUCGGAAGUACAUCAUCAGCGCACCGCCGCCUUUUCCUAAUGACGCUGACACGCUGGCGAUGCUGGACAGAGACCCUAAGCAGGUGUUUGAGACUGUUGCGCCGAAGUGUGUGCAAGUUUUCAAGGAUAAGGGGUGGAGUCACUUGAAGAGGAUUGACCGUGUUUAUGAUUCUAGUAAGGCGGUUGAGGAGUUGGAAUGGAAGCCGAAGUUUACGUUCAAGAAGGUUGUUGAGUUGGUUGGGGAGGGCAAGGAGUGGAAGAGUGAGUUGACGGGGAAGGUUGGGAAGAGAGGAUACCAUGCAGUCAGUCAUGGAGUUUAUACUGUGCGAUGA